UUCACAUGUUUUCCUAUUCAUUCAACAACUAACCUCGACCCAGUCAAAACCAUUUUUCGGAGUGAAAUUUUAGUAAAAAUUGUUUAUUUCGGUUAAAAUUCAAAUAAAAACCCACUUUAAAACAUGGCCAAUUUUAAAAAUUCGCUCGAGAUCAAUCGCCUAGUGAACCUGCUCAAGGCGAGCCGAGGAAUGACCAGCUCUGGCAGGCUUCCGAUCUUUGAUGUGGAGACCCGCAAGGACUUUAUGCAGCGGGUGAUCAAUAGCGACCGCCCCGUGGUGGUGGACUUUCAUGCCAGCUGGUGCUGUCCCUGCAAGGCUCUGGCCCCGCGCUUGGAGAACAUUGUGUCCGAGCAAGAGGGCCGUGUGAGGCUGGCCCGCGUGGACAUCGAUGAGCUUGGGGAUCUGGCCCUAGACUAUAACGUAGGAUCCGUGCCUUCGUUGAUGGUCAUCAACAAGGGAAAGGUGGUCAACCGCAUGGUUGGCCUGCAGACCAGCGAAUACAUUCGCAAGUGGCUUGGCAAGGUGGUCAAGUCUGUGAAGGCCUCUGAGGAAUAUUAUGACUAGAUCGGUAUAUGUCAUCUUGUGUGGGAGCGAGAUAUUGAAUCAUGUUUUGGAAAUUCGUAUUUGUAUUUUAAUUUGGCAUUUAAAAUACACAGCUAGUAAUUAUACUAUA